UUCCAGUAAAGUCCAGACAUAGGAGGGAUCCAGGCAAGCAAUGAGUGUGGCUGUCAAGGUGCUUCCAUCUGUCAGAGUCACACAUUCCAAAGCAGCAGAAAUCUACUGACAGCCUCCGGUUACUCCCCGGUCUCAGCGAGGCAGGGCAGGCAGCGGCAAGCUCAGCCCAUGUGAGGUGCUUCCUGCCAAUCACAGACCACCCUUCCCUGGUCCUGGAGGUUCAAAGAAUUGCAGGAGAGUAGAAAAGCACCUGGGGCUGCUGCAGACUGCGGAGCGGGCCGCACCCUGUGUGCAGAAAGAGGAGGCGCUCUUGUGGGAAAUCCUGAAGAUGGCCAAAGACGACUCCACUGUUCGUUGCUUCCAGGGCCUGCUGAUUUUCGGAAAUGUGAUUAUUGGUUGUUGCGGCAUUGCCCUGACCGCGGAGUGCAUUUUCUUUGUAUCUGACCAACACAGCCUCUACCCACUGCUUGAAGCCACUGACAAUGAUGACAUCUAUGGGGCUGCCUGGAUCGGCAUAUUUGUGGGCAUCUGCCUCUUCUGCCUGUCCAUUCUUGGCAUCGUAGGCAUCAUGAAGUCCAGCAGGAAAAUUCUUCUGGCGUAUUUCAUUCUGAUGUUUAUAGUAUAUGCCUUUGAAGUGGCAUCUUGUAUCACAGCAGCAACACAACGAGACUUCUUCACACCCAACCUCUUCCUGAAGCAGAUGCUAGAGAGGUACCAAAACAACAGCCCUCCAAACAAUGAUGACCAGUGGAAAAACAAUGGAGUCACCAAAACCUGGGACAGGCUCAUGCUCCAGGACAACUGCUGUGGCGUAAAUGGUCCACCAGACUGGCAAAAAUACACGUCUGCCUUCCGGACUGAGAAUAAUGAUGCUGACUAUCCCUGGCCUCGUCAGUGCUGUGUUAUGAACAAUCUUAAAGAACCUCUCAACCUGGAGGCUUGUAAACUAGGUGUGCCUGGUUUUUAUCACAAUCAGGGCUGCUAUGAACUGAUCUCUGGACCAAUGAACCGACAUGCCUGGGGGGUUGCCUGGUUUGGAUUUGCCAUUCUCUGCUGGACUUUUUGGGUUCUCCUGGGUACCAUGUUCUACUGGAGCAGAAUUGAAUAUUAAGCAUAAAGGAUUGCCACCAUACCUCCUUCCCCAAGUGACUCUGGAUUUGGUGCUGGAACCAGCUCUCUCCUAAUAUUCCCAGUAUGUGCCCCACACUAACAUGUGUGUCUUACAUUGCCAAGUCAGAUGGUACGGACUUCCUUUAGGAUCUCAGGCUCCUGCAGUUCCCAUGACUCCUACUUUUCAUCCUAGUCUAGGAUUCUGCAACAUUUAUGUAGACUGUUGAAAAGAGAAUUUGAAAAAUGCAUAAUAACUACUUCCAUCCCUGCUUAUUUUUAAUCUGGGAAAAUAAAUACAUUCGAAAGAACCUGUGUUAUCACAGUAACCCAGAGCUGUAUUUGGCUAGCAAUCUGCCCGUAUCUCUUACCAUUAUCUAAAAGAAGCUUCUAAGGCUUCUAUUGAUCUCAGUAUUGUCAGGGGAACAGAGAAGCCAGGAAAAGAUUACUGAAAUAUACCUUUUGCAUUUCUUUCUAGAGUAGCUCCCAUGUAUGGAGACAGGUGAUUCUCUUCAGGCCACCUUCAGAUCCUUUUAUUCUCCAGAAUAAUUCUUAACAGUGGUUCAAAUUUUCUUUCAUACCUUGCAGAGUGGUAUGUGUUUAGUAGCCUCAAUUCUCCGUUAAUUAAAAGUGUGGGCUGGGCACGGUGGCUCCUGCCUGUAAUCCCAGCACUUUGGGAGGCCAAAGCGGGCAGAUCACUUCAUGUCAGGAGUUCAACACCAGCCUGGCCAACAUGGUGAAACUCUCUCUCUACAAAAAUACAAAAAUUAGCCAGGCAUGAUGGCAGGUCCCUGUAAUUCUAGCUACUUGGGAUGCAGAUGCAGGAGAAUCACUUGAACCCGGGAGAGAGAGGUUGCAGUGAGCUGAGAUCACACCACUGCACUCCAGCCUGGAUGAAAGAGCCAGACUCUGUCUCCAAACAAACAAAAGAAAGUGUGGGGACUUCUGUGGACAGACAAGGCGCCUGUUAUAUAUUUACUCAGUCUUUGCCCUGAAUGGUCUCAGCUUGAGACCAUUUCAAACUGAAGAGAAGCAAGCCAGCCAAUAGAAUGGGAUGAUUUACAGGGAUUUCUGUUUACUGUCAAAAUAUUUCUCAUCUGAACUGUUUCCAUUUGUGGUCCUGAAGGAAAUUCUUAUAACUCAACAUUUGUCUAGUCUUAUAAAUAAAGAGAGCUUUAAAAUCUG